UUUUAGGAAAUUUGUAUUUUCGAAAAAUUGUAAACAUCAGCGAUUGCUACGAGCAAUAUAUUUUCUUUUGUAUAUUUCUGUUAUUAUACGUUGAUAAGUGUGUAGAUUUUAACUAUACGAUUAACUGCAAAACAUUCAAUUGUAAGAAUGCAUGUUCAAUCGUAAGACUAAAACUAGUUAGGCUGGACAAAAUGGAUGACCUUCAAUCAACGCGUAGCAACAGCUGCAUAGAGCAAAAUAACAAUAAUGUCGAUGGUAGCGAAGGAGCUGUUGCAAUCUCUAAUUCUCCAGAUCUUGACGAGGUAGAGCCAAUCAAUGAGUUGGAUUUUGUGUCGCUCUGGUCUGAGGAAGAGUUUGAUCGUGAUCCACACCGGGCACUUUUCUAUGAUGCCUAUCGCUCUACACCAAUAACACCCGAAUUGGACGACUCAACGGAAAAUGCUGAAAACGGGCCUGGUGAACGAAAGCCUCUAUCCUUAAUGGACGAUUGGGAGUUGUGGGAUUAUAUGGAUGAGGAAACGUUGAAAGAGCGUUUGAAAAAUCACCCGGAGUUGCUGGAACAAAUCACUCGCAAACGGAAACGAAAAGCGAUGUUCGACGACGACGAUAAGGACGACGAUGACCUGUGCUCGGUGAUGGAAAGGCAUGCAAAGGUUACGAAAUUUAGUGAACACACCAAGGUGUACUAAACGAAUCUGUAGUCUCCAGUAUCUAUGUUUAGUUUUAGCCUAUAUUUUUACUACUUUUCAUCGUGGGCUGUCAGAACGUAUAUUGCAAUGUAUAAAUAUUUAAUUUUUUUCCGAACUUCGAAUUCGUAGGUAUCACUUAUUGUAAAUAAAUUAUUCUUUUUGAAUUAUUUCAAAAAUCGGAA